AUGGCCCCGUUCGACCAUUCCAAGAAGACAUGGGAGAAUCUUCGAAGUUCGCCCAGCAACCACAGCUCGUGGAAGCUCAACGUCGAAGCAGCCGCCAAAAUGCAUCACCUGUGGCGUGCAAUUCAAGGUCGCAUGAUAGAGCCGGAGUUCCUCGAUCCGGACAACCCCACAAAAGCCAAGAUGGCGGAGCAUGACGAGUGGGAGGAUACGAGGGACGAGGCUGCUGGGAUGCUAUGGCUCUGCAUCGAGCCGGAUCAGCAGGAGCACGUCAAGGCCUUCCGGAACGACCCAGAAUGGAUAUGGGAUGCGCUCGAGGCGCUUCACGCGGCACAGACGGCCGCUCCGAGGUUUGCCACCCUCAUCAACCUCCUGGGCAUUGUCCGCGAGGACGACGAACCGCUCAUGAAGUUUUUGGCACGCAUCACCAACAUCGGCGGUCAAUGGCGCGAGCUCCUUCCUCCCACACUCUCUCUCAACCAGCUCUGCGAAGAACUGCAAUGCAUCGCAGCCAUCCGCGGGAUCUCUGCUUCGCACGAGACUGUGGCAACGCAUCUGCUUCAGAACAAUACCACGAAUCUAACCCUCGACGCUGUCCGCACAUCGUUCUACACUGAGGACAACAGACCCGUCAUCAAUGGCGGCGUCACGACCACCGCGUCUGCGAUGCGAGCUUCUUCGAUCUCAUCUCUCUCCACUCCGUACACUCCGGCACUUGCUCGUCCAUCUGCCCAGCUGCUCCAGUGCGUAUUCUGCGACCGUGAAGGCCAUGUCGAAGCCGACUGCUACGGCCGCCAGAACGCCAUGAAGAAGCUCAAGGCCCGAACGAACUUGAAGAAAGUCACCACUGCAAACGCUGCCACAACUGAUCAGACCACCACCCACCUCAGUUACCACCGCCAUCACCCGGUUGCACCCCCGCGGGGGUCCUCCUGGGUACCCUCAGACGUAGCUCUGAGGGUACCUAAAAGGUACCCCCCUGCGGGGCCCGCGGGGGGGAUUUGGUCCAUUUGGGGGCGGGGGCAUAUGCGGGGGUCAGCAGGGGGGGGUGAACGAAAAUAUAUACAUGUGACUUGUCUACAUCUGUAA